UCCGAUCCCCGCUGCAUAUACGUGCGCGGGGCGCAUACCCCACGAAUGCGUUUCGUUCCCCAUAUCCCUCACUUCUACUCACGACGAUCAUGCCCUUGACGCUGCAGCAGGUGGCUGAGCAUAACUCAGCGAAAUCGUGUUGGGUGAUCAUCAAUAACAAGGUCUACGACGUCACAGAAUUCUUGCAGGAACACCCGGGCGGACCUGACAUUAUCCUCAAGUACGCCGGACGCGACGCGACGCAGGUGUACGAGCCCAUCCACCCUCGCGAUGCACUUGACAAGAACCUACCACCGUCAAAGCACUUAGGGCCCGUGGACGCGCAAUCUGCUGAUGUGCUCAAGGAUGCGAAGGCGUCGAGGAAGCAGACCAAGGACGAGAUUCGGUCAGCGGAAGCGCACAGGUGGAAGCCACCGCUUUCGCAUAUUCUGAGUUUGCAUGAUAUGGAGGAAGUAGCACUGAAGGUCCUUUCUCACAAGGCCCGCACCUACUACUCUUCCUCCGCAGAGGACGAAGUCUCCUAUUACUCCAAUGCCCAAGCCUUCACUCGCUUCUUCUUCCACGCCCGCGUCCUUCGCCCCGUCUCUCACUGCGACCCCUCCACCACCAUCCUCGGCCACCCCUCUGCGCUACCCAUCUUCGUCUCCGGCGCAGGCCUCGCCCGCCUGGGCCACCCUCUCGGCGAGGCCAACAUCACUCGCGGAUGCGCUGCAGGCGGCAUUAUCCAAAUGGUCUCCUCCUCGCCCUCGCUCUCAUACGCCGAGAUCAUGGACGCGGCGGCGCCGGGGCAGACACUGUUCUUCCAGUUGUACAAGAACAAGGACGAUGCCAUUGCUGAGCAGAGGGUGAGGGAGGUGGAGAGGUUGGGGUAUAAGGCGAUAUUUCUGACUGUGGAUGCGGUCGUGCCCAGCAAGAGGGAGAGGGAUAUUGGGAGUGCGUGGGAUUUGGAGGAGGAAGAGAGGGGCGGGCCGAUUGAGUAUGUGGAGGAGCCGCAGGAUGGGACGGCGCAUGGAUGGGGGGCGGGAGGUGCGUUGGUGCUGAAUGAUGACAAGGAUAUGACUUGGGAGAAGACUAUACCGUGGUUGAGGAGCGUCACGAGGCUGCCUGUGGUCGUCAAGGGUAUCCAGUGCGUAGAAGAUGCUCUCCUCGCGGUUGAGGCCGGCGUCGAUGGCAUCCUCCUCUCCAACCACGGGGGGCGGCAAUUGGACUAUGCCCUUCCGCCCCUAGAAGUCCUCUAUAGGCUGCGAACGCGGCAUCCAGAGGUCUUCAGCAAGGUCGAAGUCUAUCUCGACGGAGGCGUGCGCAGAGGGACGGACGUGAUCAAAGCUGUCUGCCUUGGCACCACAGCCGUUGGGCUUGGGCGGCCGUUCUUGUAUGCGCAAAGCGCUUACGGCGCUGCUGGUGUGAAGCGCAUCAUCCACAUCCUCGAGAGCGAGAUUGUCACCGCAAUGCGCUUGAUGGGUGUGUCGAGUCUGAAGGGUCUGUCUCCUGCGAUGGUCGAGAGGGUGGACUGGCAGCCCAUGCGCGCUAGACUAUAGCGCUCUGUGCAAGCCGCGUCGUCGAAAUUUUGAAUCAUUGGUAACCGCUCUAGUACAGAAGAGUACGUCGUCGCGGUAAUGGCCCAAAAUGAAUGAACGAUUCGAUGCCUACCGUCGGGCCCGCUGCACACACACGUGCCAGACCAUAAUGAGCCGUACUCUACAACUACUGGUUCCCUCGACGUCGUUCUCCCGCCCUCUUGCCCCUGUGACUCGUAUUCUGGUGCCAUGGUGUUAUCCUUGCCCGCGCUCCUUCAUUGUGUUUCGUUGGAGGAAAGAAAGAAGUUGAAUUGUUAGCCCAAGACGUCGCGGGAAAUUUGAC